AUGUUUCUUCUGGAUCCUUCUGCUAUUUGCAUCGAUGUACCAUACCACUGCACUUUAUUCUCGCCUAGUCUAUGUAUCGACGAACGAAAUCAUCUGGAUUAUCUCAUUCUCGAACUUUUGAACCUACCAAUUUUGGCCGUAUGUUUGGCCACCGAUACCUUGGCAGUUGUGUGGAUGGUGUAUCCGAAAGUGUUGCACAGAGGUCGUAACGUGUUACCCACUCAAAGCGGGAACUUCAGUUAG